AUGGCGAUACAUGGAGGAAAUAAUAAUUCUAACAAUGACCAAAUAAUUCCUCUAAAAAAGUCUAUCACAGGAGUUUGGAAAGACAUCGGUUCGGUUGAAACUGCUUUGGCAAAAAUCGGUAUAAACAUAAAAGAGAAUCUGGUUAAGGAAGGUAAUACGUGGAAGUGGAGAACCUACCCGGGCGGGUCUUUUUCGGUCAAACAGAUCAGGCUUGAUAUUGAUAACAUCACGGCUGUGGAUGUUGAUGGCGGCGAUGUGUUCCGGUGGAAUUGUUGGGCCCCUCCAAAAGUAAAGUAUUUGUUGUGGAGAGCGUUAUUGGGUAGAGUAGCGUCAAAAGUGGGCCUGGCCCGAAGAGGAGUCCCUCUAGUCGACAACUUGUGCCCUCGGUGCGGUCUAUACGAUGAAGAUUCCGAUCACAUUUUUGUCAAUUGCCUUUGGGCAAAAUGUGUUUGGUGGAAUAUCUUAGCCUGGAUUCGGAUUCCCUUUUUAAAUUGCAAUAAUCUGAAAGAAUUCAUCUCGCAAAUUAAUCAAAGCCUGGGAGAUAAGACUUGGAAAAAGAUUGUCUACACUACGGUCUCUUCAAUGGUUUGGAGAUUGUGGAAGGCUCGAAAUGAUAAAGUUUUUAAUGGUAGCUUUAUCCCGGUUAGCAAGACGGUAGAACUCAUCAAGGAAGACUCGUUCCUGUUGAUUUGCAAUAGGUCCAAGCUUAAGAAGCCAACUUGGGAGAAUUGGAGGAUAUUUGACUUAAUUGAUAUCAUGUAA